GAGUUAGCGUCGACCAAUCGUUCCGGAGAGGCGGAAAUUCUGACCAAUGGACGAGUCGGAUCUUGGAGAAGAAUUGCGAAUAUAACGAGUCCGGGAGGAACCCGAAGGAACCGGACGAUCGUCACGCGUCAGUAUCAAGAUGAUUGAAGGCUCUUUUUACUGUUUCCUUAGACUCUAUAUAAAGUUAUUUACUUCCCGAGAAUCGAGUCAGUUGUCAUCUUCUUUGCGCGUCGUUCACUACCUCGAUAUGCAGCUACCGACUAUCCUCGUCAAUUUUUAUCAAAGAUCACGGCGCGAGCACAAGUGAAACAAAAAAGAAAAAAAGAAAAAAAAGAAAAAAAAGAAAAUUCCAUUCCGGAAGCAAUGAGACCGGAUGCGACGAGUUUUCGAAUAAAUAUAUCGCUCGUACGACAGAUCUAAUCGAUGAAAAUGUUAUCGCUCUACACGUUUUGCUUGGUGAUAUUUUUCCUAUGCGGAGUUCUCAGUGACGAGACUUUAUCGAAAUCAACGUCCGAAAAUGAUCUGGAACUCAGAGAUUCGUCUUCCGGUCUAACCGGAUGGAUAGAAAAUGGUGCGAUGAAUUUGUUGGACUCGUUCGUUCCGGACGACAAUCCGGUCGAGGCCCGUAAAAAGAAGAAGAAGUACAACAAGUACGUGUUACCGUUGUUGGUUGGUUUUCUGUUGAUAAAAUCGAUUCUUCUACCGAUCGCCCUCAAGAGUUUAGCCGUCCUGAGCGGCAAGGCUGUUAUCCUGAGUCUCAUGAGUUUGAUAUUGGCCGCGAUCGUUGGGCUGAAAAAAGUCGCUCAGGGAUCCUCCGCUUCCAACUACGACGUCGUCAAUAUCCCAUUGAGCAAAUACAGAAGGAACGACGAUCUCUACAGAAGAUCCGGCCUAGAGGACGACGACUUACCUUAUCAAUUUUACAGAGAUUGAAAAUUUGAUUUAUCGACUAUUGGAAUCAAUUUGUACAGUCGUUGUAUCGAAGCCGAUAAAAAUGCUCAAUGAGAAUUCGAUUACCGCUAUAAAUUAUGAUCAGCCAUUCUUUCUCGAGGCGUGAAUUGUACAAUUUCUCGUUGAAUAAAGUAUAAUGAUCGUCGACG